GCCGUUUUCAACUUAUACAGGGCUUAAUUUUAUUUUCCUACAUUGAGUGACUUGAAAGCAUGUAUGAAAUGCCCGCGACAUCGACAUCAACAUCCCAGCACCUGAACAUGUGUUCCUUCGUUAUAUAUACUGCUUCGUCCAACCAUAAGUCCACCAUAUACACAUCCAGGACAUUUCUUGCUUUCGAUACGUCGAUAUGGCUGUUCUUGUGCCAAAGGCUCGCUCUCACGUGAUUAUCGCCCUCCUGCUCGUGAUGGUUUCUGUGUCGAAAGCCGUACUUGAUGCCCAUUAUUAUGACCAGACAUGUCCUCAAGCUGAGAAAAUCAUAUUGCAGGCGGUCCAAAAUGCCACAAGGCACGACCCCAAAGUCCCCGCUCGCCUCCUUAGAAUGUUCUUCCAUGACUGUUUCAUUCGGGGAUGCGAUGCGUCGUUGCUGCUUGGCUCUACUCCUGGAAACCAAGCAGAGAAAGAUGGUCCUCCUAAUAUCUCGGUUCGAGCAUUCUAUGUGAUCGAUGAUGCCAAAGCAAAGCUCGAAAUGGCAUGUCCACACACAGUCUCUUGUGCUGAUAUCGUUGCCAUUGCAGCUAGAGACGUAGUCACCAUGGCUGGAGGGCCAUAUUGGAACGUGCUGAAAGGCAGAAAAGAUGGAAGAGUAUCAAAUGCUUCAGAGACGGUUAACUUGCCGGCGCCAACCUUCAACGUGACCCAACUCCUUCAAAGCUUUGCCAAAAGAGGCAUAGGCCUCAAGGACUUGGUCGCGCUAUCUGGUGGCCACACUAUAGGCUUCUCACAUUGUUCUUCUUUCCAAGCCCGGCUUCGUAACUUCAGUUCGACUCACGACGUUGAUCCGACCUUGAACCAUGCAUUCGCACAACAGCUGAAGAAUACUUGCCCUAAGCCGAACAGAGACCGAAAUGCAGGACAGUUUCUGGAUGCCACUGCAUCAACUUUCGACAACAAUUACUACAGAAGACUUGUGGCGGGUGAAGGUGUGUUUGGGUCGGAUCAAGCACUGUAUAGUGAUUACAGGACAAGGUGGAUGGUAGAUUCGUUUGCCAGAGAUCAAAGUCUGUUCUUCAGUGAGUUUGCAGCUUCUAUGGUAAGACUUGGAAAUGUUGGAGUGCGAGAAAUUGGAGAAGUGAGAAUAAAAUGCAGAGCGGUAAACUGAGAGAGAGUUUACUUUAUGAAGCAUGAUUUGCCAAUUUCUUUUGUUUCCCAUUUCUGUGUUUGUUUCUGAUUCAAUAAGAACUAAUCUUUGUUGAUGGUGUAACCAUCACAUAAGGGUCGAUCUUUGUUAAUUGCACAAGCAUCACAUGAAAUACUUCAUUUUCAAUUUUCAA